AUGGAUUUGUGUGUGAUGCCCCGUCUGAUGAAUCGUGUGAUGUACGACGCCAUGAGGGAUUUUGAUCGUUUCGAGAAGAAGCAUUUUCCCAUUGUUGAUGACGACAAAAAAUUCGCCGUCUCUUUGGAUGUGUCGCAGUUCCGCCCAGAAGAGUUGAACGUUCAUUUGGAAGGGCGUGAGCUGACAUCGAAGGAAAGCAGGAGCACAAAACUGAGAAGGGCGCCAUUCAGAGGUGAGUUCUGGCAAAUUCUUACAGGUCCCAUCAUUCACCCGCAAAUGGCUGCUGCCCGAAAACGUAGACCUGGAGGCGAUCCGUACCCAGCUGGACAGCAAGGGCCAUUUGUCCGUGGAGGCGCCGAAGAAAGCCGAGGGUCAUGA